AUGGCGACCAGCGCCAAGCGGAAGCAAGAGGAGACCCAUUUGAAGAUGCUCCGGGAAAUGACUAGCCUUCCCGCGAAUAGGAAAUGCUUCGACUGUGACCAGCGCGGCCCGACCUAUGUCAACAUGACGGUGGGCUCCUUCGUCUGUACCACUUGCUCCGGCAUCUUGCGAGGGCUCAACCCCCCACACAGAGUCAAGUCCAUCUCCAUGACAACAUUCACACAUCAAGAAAUUGAGUUUCUACAGAAGCACAGCAACGAGGUCUGUAAACACAUCUGGUUGGGCCUCUAUGACGACAGGACGUCAGUUGUUCCAGAUUUUCGGGAGCCGCAGAAAGUCAAAGAAUUCCUCCAGGAGAAAUAUGAAAAGAAACGAUGGUACGUGCCUCCGGACCAGAGCCGCUCGGUCCAGGCCUCGGUGUCCGGCUCGUCGGCCAGCAGCGCCGGGAGCACCCCGGAAGUGCAGCCUCCCCUCAAAAGCUUGCAGCUCAACAAGACCCCGCUUCGUCAAUCCCCGGGGUCGGGGCGCACCCAGGUCCACGUGGCGGCCCAGGAGAAAAAGUUUGACCUGCUGUCAGACCUGGGCGGGGACAUCUUUGCUGCUCCGCCGCCGCAGGCCUCCGCCGCCGCCGCCAACUUUGCCAACUUUGCACACUUUCCCAGCCAAUCAGCACCUCGAGGUAAUAGAGACUUUGCCAACUUUGACGCGUUUGGAAACACUGCCAUUCCAUCAUCCCAUUUGAGCACGUCACCCCCCUCAAAGUCCUUUUCCGCAGGGGGAGGCGCGCCAAUCGCGUCCAGGUCCGGCGCCGUCCCCGUCCAGUCCGCGGCCGGGAGCCGCGCGGAAGAUCGCUACGCCGCUCUGGCCGAGUUGGACAACAAGCUGGGCUCCUCCGCGGGCGCCAACGCGCAAGGGAAUUUGUUUGGGCCGGUGCUGGGAUCCUCUCCUGCCCAGAACGCGCCCGUUCUCCCUGCCGUUCAGUCUGCUUUUGGAGGCGUCCCUUCCACCAAUCCCUUCGUGGCGGCGGCUUCCGAGAUGGCCGCCAACCCUUUCCAGGCCAACGGCAGAGCUCCGGCCGCAGCCGCCGCCGCCGCUGCCGCCGCCGCCUCCUUCGGUACGGGUUCGAUGAGCAUGCCCGCCGGCUUUGGGAAUUCGUCUUCGUACCGCCUCCCGACCAGUUUCAGCGGAAACUUCCAGCAACAAUUCCCCGGCCAGGCCCCCGUCCCUUACGCUCAACCCGGGGCCUACCACCCUCAGUCCAAUGGCCCCGCGUUCCCGGUCUACGGUCCGAACAAGCCUUUCGCUCAGCCCGCGACCGCUCCCGCCGUGUCCAACAACCCCUUCGUGGCGGGAGCACCCGGCGGGCCGUUCCCUUCGGGCGGUACCUCCACCAACCCCUUCCUGUAG